ACACUCAGGAGGAGUUCAGGGAAAGUUAAAAAUAACUUUUUAAAUAACUAAAGUGAAAACAACUGGGGAAUUUUAGCUCCACUGGUUCAACCAGUCCCUGAUGUCAGUCAGGUUUUAUUUUUCUUAGACGCUGAAGCAUCGACGAUGUUCAGCUGCAGUCGGAUCAUCUGACUUGGAAACGAUCGGCUUCUUCAGUCUGAGCUUUAAUUCGCACACCGAGGAGGAAACUGUCAGUCCAUCAGCCUCAGAGUAAAACAAGAUGAACAUCUCCAAUGACCCAACAUCUCCACCUUAUGAAUAUGAUUACAACUACCCUGAUUUUGAACCAUGUUCCUUCAGUGACAGCAACAGUGUGAACUUUGUGGUUGUUCCUUACAUUCACACCAUCAUCUGCAUCCUGGGCUUGGUGGGGAACAGCCUGGUCAUCCUCACCUUUGCCCUCUACAAGAGAACCAAAUCCAUGACUGACGUCUACCUGCUCAAUGUGGCCAUCGCUGACCUGCUGUUCGUGCUGGCUCUACCUUUCAUCGUCUACAACGAGCUGUACUCUUGGCCGAUGGGGCAGGUGGCCUGUAAGCUGCUGCGUGGUUCCUACAGCGUCAACCUGUACAGCGGCAUGCUAAUGUUAGCCUGUAUCAGCACCGACCGCUACAUCGCCAUCGUCCAGGCUCGCCGGAGCUUCAGGUUACGCUCGGUGUCAAACAGUCGCAUUAUCUGUUUCCUGAUCUGGAUCUUUGCCUUACUGGUGUCUGUUCCCACUUUCCACUUCUACCAUUGGUACGAACCGUCACAUCAUGAGAUCACCUGGUUCAACAGCACAGAAGAGGAAGAGACAACAGAUCCACAGUACGUCUGUGAGUGGAAAUUUGAUGACAGCAACACUGCUAGCAUAGUGAAGGUUGCUGUUCCCAGCACCCAACUGGCCAUUGGCUUCUUCCUGCCGCUGCUCAUCAUGAUCUUCUGCUACACCUCAGUCAUCAUCACCCUGCAGAAAGCUAAAAACUUCCAGCGACACAAAGCGAUCCGAGUGGUGAUGGUGGUGAUGCUGGUCUUCAUCGCCUGCCACUUGCCUUACAACCUGGCCCUGUUGUAUGAGACUGUCAGUUAUUUUGAACUUCGUGAUUGUCACGCUGAGUCUUCACUGAAAACGGCGAUGUCUGUGCUGCAGACUGUCGCCUACCUGCACUGCUGCCUGAACCCGCUGCUGUACGCCUUGAUGGGAGUGAAGUUCAGGAACCACUUCAGGAGGAUCUUCCAGAACCUGUGCUGUUUGGGUCAGAGGUACCUCGCCCCGCGCCGCCUCUCCAUUAAUGGGACCAAUGAAGACAGUGCUUCUUUUAGCAUGUGAAGCUAAUUGUCUCAGGAGCUCUGAUUGAGAUCUUCAGAUCUCCAAAGCAAAUUUUGACCACAAAGAGAAGAUGUUAGAAAUUAUUCAAAAGACAAAACCAAAACAUUACAAACUCCUGAGGUCUCAUUGUGUUGAUUGUUGCUUAGUUUCCAUAAGAAUCUUGGCUGCUGGUGAAAAUGUUUUCUGCAUGAGACAGAAAACGGUGAUGUGUAAAAUGAAAAGAAAUCCGUUUUGAAUACAUUUGGACAAAACAUCAAAAUUUCAGCAAAUUUUCCUGGAUUGAUCCGAAAAUACUGGAUGAUGUUUCUGAUAGUUCAGAGUUUUUAGAGGAAGAGUCCACCACCUGCUGAAAAGGAAAUAUUAGACUGUUUAUGUUCAUGGCCUGUUUUUGUAUAAUACUUUAUCUAGACUCCAAAGCCCUUCACAUUACAUUCAUCCAUUCACACACACAUUCACACGAUGACGGUGCUGAGCUACUACAUUGUAGCCUGAACUGCCCUGAGGCAAAUAUGUGACAUAAAUCCUGCAGAUUUCACCUGGAAACCCAAUAAAUACGUCAUGAUCCUCUGUAGUCAGAUUCUGUUCAAGCACUUUCAAUUAAAUUUCACUUUACUGCCUCCCCCCCCAGAUCAUCUUCUGUUCAUCAGUUCUUUAAUGUUAUUAAUUUUAUUUUUAAAGCAUGUUGCCAUAAAGUGAUAAAGAAAUAUAAGGAGAUAAAAUCAACACUGAUGAUCAAUCAAUAAAUUAAUAAGGAAACACCCAGAAAAUCCUCCCUGGAAAGUUUCUGCAGGCGAUAGAAGGCUGGUUUUGUAAUCGUCUUUAUGUGUCUCUACAUGUUUAGGUCACUAAACCUGUUUAACUGUUGAAGAAACUUUUUAAAUGAUUUUGUUGAUGAAUGGAAGGUUGGAAGGUUUACUUUAAAGCAAUUUGUCUAGACUGUUGUUUUGUUUUCAGCAUUGGGUUUCUCACUGCAGUGUAAAGUUUAUUGUCGUUUUUUUAAUUUUUUUAUUUUAGUUUUUUCAUGUAAAACACUUCAUGUGAAAAUGUGAUGUACAAAUCUCUUCCCUUUUCUUUCAUAAAUGUAAUUUUUAUAUUGUGGAAUCAAUAUAUGUAUCACUAAACCCUGAUUAUUUCUGAUCAGUUGAUUUGAAUAUGUUGGAUAAUGGUCUCAUACUAACCUUUUUGAGUUAAGUGUUCAUGAUUUGCUUAGAAAGAGAAAGCUGUUCGUUCUGUUUCCUGUUACUUUCUGUUUGCCAGCAUGUUUGUGCCUGUAGUUCCGCAGUUGUCCACUGGGGCGUGAGAAUGAGUUCAUUACUCUUAACUUGUUCUGAAGAAGUUGGACUUUCACUUAGCAAUAAAUCUCAGCUGAAGAUGAGAACUGAGGACAAAAUGCAGCAGAAUAGAAGCAGAAAUAUUAAAGAAAUAAAACAUUAAUAAUUUUAUCUUCGACUUCCUGGAGUUUUGCAUCACUUUACAAUGUUAUCUCAUUAAAAACAUACUUAG